CAAUAAUUUUGGGAUAAUUUUUUUUCCGAAAGUGGACAAUAAUUAUGGGACGGAGGGAGUACUACUUAAUUACACGGUUAUUAUUUUCACUCUUAAAUAAGUUUAUCGUAAUACAAUAUGUAUUUUCAAAACAUGUCAAGAUCAUAUCGUUGUUUUCCUGCAUUCAUCCAUGGAAGAGUGAUGUAGGUUGACGGAGUGUUCCACCAUCUUCAACUGGUCAUAAAAGCUAGCUUCCACUGUUUAAUUGGUUUACCAUACUUUUUUUUUUUGGUUGUGAAAAGGGUAUACCUUACUUUAUAUGAGACCAGGGAUUGACUUGGUACCUAAUUCCUGAAGUUGACGCGCAAGUCAAGUCAUGCAAGUUUACCAGUGAUUUACCCUAUGACAAUUAGCAUAAAUUUAUGCCAAGCAUAUUUGUUUGCAUUAACCUGGAACCGGAAAUUCUCAAAUUUCAAAGUUUUUGAGCAUUACCUGUUGGCAGAGUUUUCUGGAAAAACAAUGAUGUACAAGAAGAAAUAUGAAUGGAUCAUUCAGCAUUACCUUUUUGACUUUGCCCUUUAAUAAUGUGAUCUUCAGCACCUACUUUAAAAGGCUUACAGCAAAGCCAUGACCUCACUUCCACUUCUCCUCGAUAUUAUACUCUAAAUUACAGUCUGCAAGAAAUCAAUCCAGUUACCUCGGCAUGAUAAAUAUCAAUAUUUUUGAGGUUCCAACUUUGAGGCAUCUUAUCAAGACAGAUAUUUGGAAAUUUCCUAAAGAUGAAAGCAGAAUUGGUUAUCAUCCCUUUUCCUGUAACAGGCCAUCUAGUGUCAAUUGUUGAGUUGGCUAAGCUGCUAAUUGAAAGAGAUGAUCAUCUUUCCAUCAAAUUCCUCCUUUUCAAUCUGCCCUUUGAUCCCAGUGCCAAAUCAUACAUUCAGUCACUCCUUACUGAAACCACCAAAGGUAUAGAAUAUGUGCAACUCUCAGAUCCACAACCACAAGAUGAUCCCUUAAUGCCUCAGAAUCCUUUGGCCUUACUUUAUGGAAUAGUGGAAAGCCAAAAGCCACAAGUUAGAAACUUUGUUGCCCAACUGAAGAAGGAGUCCUCUGGUUCAUCUAAGGUCACAGGGUUCAUCGUAGACACCUUCUGUGCAGCCAUGAUUGAUGUAGCUAAUGAAUUUGAGUUACCAACUUAUGUGUUUUACGCUUCUGGUGCUGCUAUAAUUGGCCUCAGGUACCAUCUCCUGAGCCUUGUAGAUGAAAACUGCGAUCUUUCUGAGUAUGUAGACUCAGAUCUUCAACUUCCAGUCUCAACUUAUAUCCACCCUGUUCCUGCUAAACAAUGCCCUCCAGAAAUGUUUGAUGCGGAUUCACCGUAUCUCAAAAUGGUCAGAAGAUGGGUGGGUGAAUCAAAAGGGAUCAUUGUUAAUACUUUUCUUGAUUUAGAAUCAUAUGCAAUACAAGCCCUUUUAAGAAACCAGAGUUUGCUAGCAAUUUACCCUGUUGGACCACUCAUAAACUUCAGGGGAAUCAGCAAUAAUUUAGAGAAUUCCGAAACCAUCUUGAGAUGGCUAGAUGAUCAGCCCAAUUCAUCUGUAGUUUUCCUUUGCUUUGGGAGUUUCGGGUCGUUUGAGCUAGACCAAGUUAAGGAAAUCGCAAAAGCAGUGGAGCAAAGUGGAUGUAGAUUCUUAUGGUCUUUGCGGAAGGCUCGAAAUAAAAAACUUUUGGAAUAUCCAAGUGAGUAUGAUGAUUACGAAGAAGUUUUGCCUGAAGGGUUCUUGGACCGGACUUGUGGCAUCGGAAAAGUGAUCGGUUGGGCACCACAAUCUCUAGUUUUAGGCCAUCCGGCCGUCGGAGGAUUUGUCACACAUUGUGGAUGGAAUUCGGUGCUGGAAAGUGUUUGGUUUGGAGUUCCAAUGGCGACUUGGCCUAUGUAUGCAGAGCAGCAGUUGAAUGCGUUUUUGUUAGUGAAGGAUUUGGGUAUCGCAGUUGAAAUCAGGAUGAAUGGGAAUCAAGGUGUUGUUGUUGUUGGAGCAGAUGAAAUUGAAGGUGGGAUCAGAAAGCUGAUGCAGCUUGAUGGUGACAUUAGAGCAAGAGUGAAGGAAUUGAAGGAGAAAGCAAGAAAUGCAUUAAGUGCAGGGGGCUCUUCUCAGUCGUCAAUCGGACGCUUAAUUAAUGAUUUUCGUGGUUCUCAUGAUUGAUUGAUUAGGAUUCAGGAGCAAUAUAAAUUGCUAUACAAUUAUCGGGUCUAUGUUAAUUGCAAUUUGUGUAAGUACUGGUUUGAAAGUAACAUUUUUAAAUGAUUAUCAAACAAAUUUUUGAUGACCAGAUGUGCACGUUUUAUUAUCAACUCAGAUACGCUGAAUCAUAUUGUUGGCGGAACAACUUUCCAUUGUCUCCUUUACCCCCCAAAGAAAAAGGAAUUUUAAAAUUUUCAAUUCGGAUUGGGAUUAGUCGAAACAAUACUUUUGAACACAGUGUAAUUAAUAUAAUUAAUAUAGUAAUUUUUACGAGUAAAAAAGUAUACAAUUAAGAGUAAAAAAUUUUGAAAAUAGGGUGAAGAUGGUUAUUACUAGCUGGGGUAUCUAAUUUUUUUUUUUACGAGGG